AUGAAACGUCCCAAGAGCCCCGACUGGCUGGACGGCAGCCCUGCCCGCAAGAAUCAGGAGGGGCAGGAGGAGGAAGAAGAGGAGGAGGAGGAUGAAGAGGAGAGGAAGGUGGGGGCAGGAUACAGGGCCAAACGGGAGCGACGUCAGAGCAGCGGCAGCGGCAGCAGUGCCACUAUGUGCCAGGUGUGCAACAUACAGCUCAACUCCAGCGCCCAGGCCCAGAUCCACUACAGGGGGAAGACGCACCAGAGGCGGCUGCGCCGACUCGCAAAGGCUGUCAGCACAGGUGCACUGUCCCAGAGUCAGGUCCACCCGCUCCUGGGGUCCUUGCCUCUGCCAGGUCGAGCCCUCCAGCCGCAGACUCACGCCCAACUGGAGCACUUUCUGCCGCUCAGAGUCAACGGCUCCUCGCCACUCAGCCUCUUCCCCAAUUUCAACACGAUGGACCCAGUGCAGAAGGCAGUGAUCAACCACACCUUUGGCAUGGCCCCGCCCAAGAAGAAACCUAUCAUCUCCUGUAACAUCUGUCACCUGCGCUUCAACUCCACUACCCAGGCAGAGGCCCACUACAAAGGUCACAAGCAUGCUCGCAAGCUAAAGGCCUUGGAGACCCAAAGGAACCGGCAGAGGAACGGACACAGUCCAUCCACAACGGGAAAAGACAGAGAGAGGGGGAUGAUGGGAGGAGGAGCGGUGCCAACGGACUCACAUGUGAAAGACAAAAAAGGCCCAAGCACCUCUUCUCAACCUGCAGCCCAGCAAACUGAAAACGCCCAGGGGACUUCACUGGCAGAUACUUCUUCCUCGCAGCUUUCAUCAACGGACUCCUCCUCCGCACUCCGCUCUCCUCAGCUGUCCCCACAAGUCCCCCCUGCCUCUCAGCUUUCUGAUCUAGCCUCAGAGAGUCCCCAUGUGGACGGGUGCAGCCCGGCCACCGGUUCAGCCCCACGCUCUGACCUUCAGGGAAGCUCCACGGGAGGUGAGGAGGAGGUGGCGAAGGUGGACGAGGCUAAAGCGGCCAAGAGCAACAAAAAACAACAUCUUCACUGUCCUACGUGCAAAGUUACGGUCAAUUCCAGCUCCCAGUUGGAGGCUCAUUGUAGUGGCUCAAAGCACAAACAGAUGCUGGACGGUCAGAACAGCAGCCACUCACAACGCAGGGUCAAGAUGACAUCAUUGCCCAGACCCACCUGUCGAAUUAAGCAGCGAAUGGGCAGCAAGACCAGAGCGGUUGUUGGUGUAUCCAGCCAGCCCUUUCACUGUGAAUUGUGCCAGGUGUCUGUCAACUCAGAGACACAGCUGAAGCAGCACAUGAACAGCAGGAGACAUAAAGAGCGUUUGGCUGGGAAGCCUGUCAAGGCAAAGUUCACCCCCUAUAAUAAACUACAGCCCAGUGCUGUCUUAGCGACUAAACUGGCCCUGCAGAAGCAGCUGUCCAAGGCCCUGCCAGCAGGUUUCCUGACCAGCCCUCUCAAUCCAGCUGCCUUGUGCACCAUGGCGCCCGGACCCUUGGCACUACGGCUGCCAUCAGGUCCCACGGCCAUCAUACAGGGUCCCCUGAUCAGCCCCACGCUCUUCAGGCCUGCCCCAGGACCUCUGAGGGCCACACAUGCACCCAUUAUCUUCUCUCCUUACUAG